GCUAACGGGAAAGGCGCUUCUCGCUUCAGAAACGCGCACGUACAUUCACACGCAUUUCCAGGAAGCCACAGAGGGGCCGCGAUUCUUUGGCCAAAGGAAAUAGAUUGGCGCUGUUCUUCCAUACUCCUCCUCCUCCACUUCACUCCCCCCACCCCACCCCGUAAACUUCCACCUCUUUCUGCUCUUCCUGCGUCCUGAUCCGGGAGCGAAAAAUUCACCCGUCCGAGCUCCCUCCGAGACUAUCCCGGUGCGCGGUGCGCCUUCCCCGACCUCCAUCCUGCUGCCGCCGCCGCCGCCGCCGCUUGAAAGAUGGGGAAAAGGGGCGUUCGCGCCGGGCUCGGUUCCCGUAGCCCAGCCUGCAAAGCGGAGUCCGUGUUUUAAAUCGAUUUGCUUGCCCCCUUCUCCCGCGCUCUCCCUCUUCUCGGAGAAAGACAGGCACUUCUUUGCUUUCCUCGCCAUCCAAGAUGCAGCUCCGGUAAAUGAUCAAGCUGUCCUCUAGUCAAUUGGUGGCGCGAUGGUCCCCCUGUGCUGCUGCUGCCCGCCGGCAUCUGCACCAGUCGUGGUGGCCAUGACAGGCCCUGCUGUCCCUUCCUACCAUUUCAAGAGUUUCUGUGGAGAGUUUGAGCGGGUGGAAAGUGCAUUGGAACGACUGGAGGCCAGUGGCUUCUACUGGGGCAGCCUGUCAGGGGCUGAAGCCAAGCGACUCUUGACUUCCCAGCCUCCUGGUGUCUUCCUGGUGAGAGAUUCCUCCGACCACCAUCACCUCUUCACCUUGAGUGUCCGCACCAGGACAGGCAUCACCAACUUACGUAUUCAGCAGCAGGACUCAGCUUUCCACCUGGAGGCCUUGCCAGGGGCUGGCCAUCCCCCAGCCUUCAGUUGUGUGGUCCAGUUAGUUGAAUAUUAUCUCUGCCUUGGGGCUGUAGAAGGGGGUCCCUGCUACUUGGAGAGCGAGGGUCAGCCCCCAGUGCCUUUGGCCCUCUCACAGCCACUCCGCUGCAAGGUGCCCACCUUGCAGGAGCUGUGUCAGCGGGCUGUGCGAGCCAGCGUGCGGGGCAGAGGUGACACCAGGGCUCAGCUGCAGGGGCUGCCAGUCCCUCGGGCAUUAUUGAACUCAAUCUGCAGCUAAAAGGAAGAACUGGGGCACCAGUUUCAAGACCUUAUAAUGAGUGCAGAGUUGGGGCCUUCCUUGUUAGAACUGAUGGAACAGAGCUGGUUGUAGAUAGUGUUUUGCUGAUGCCCCACUAUUUUCUUGGAAUAAACCAUCUGACAAAUAAGCCAAC